CAGUCGAUCCCUGAUAAUUAAGAGUGGUUAAUUAAUUAAGCUUAAUUAAUGGCUCCUUUGUACCCUAAUUCUCCUUGCUGCAGUAUUCUCCCAUUGAUAGGAGUUUUCAUGGCGGCGGUGGCGUCCAUGGCGGCCGCUCAGCUCUCGUCGACCUUCUACGACUCCUCGUGCCCCGACGUCCUCACCACCAUCCAGACGGCGGUGCAGGAUGCAGUCAACCAAGAGGCCCGCAUGGGCGCCUCCCUUCUCCGCCUGCAUUUCCACGACUGCUUUGUCAACGGUUGCGACGGGUCGGUGCUGCUGGACGACACCGCCAACUUCACCGGCGAGAAGACUGCGCCGCCCAACAACAACUCCAUCCGAGGCUUCGACGUCGUCGACACCAUCAAGUCGCAGGUCGAAGCGUUGUGCCCUCAAGUCGUGUCCUGCGCCGACAUCCUCGCCGUCGCAGCUCGAGACGCCGUCGUAGCUUUGGGUGGACCUUCGUGGACGGUGCAGUUAGGAAGAAGGGACGCGACGACGGCCAGCUUCAGCACGGCGAGCAGCGAUCUCCCUUCACCUCUUUUAAGCCUCAGUGGUCUCAUAUCAGCCUUCUCCAACAAGGGUCUCAGUACCACUGACAUGGUAGCACUCUCAGGAGGACAUACCAUAGGGCAAGCGAGGUGUGUAACCUUCAGGAACAGGAUCUACAACGAGAACAACAUCAACCCAUCAUUUGCCACCUCCACGCAGGCCAACUGCCCGAGUGUGGCCGGCAACGGCGACGACACACUAUCUCCUCUGGACGUUCAGAGCCCGACCAUCUUCGACAACUUCUACUUCCAAGGUCUGGUGAACCAAACAGGGCUGCUGCACUCCGACCAGCAACUCUUCAACGGAGGAUCCACGGACUCGCUUGUCAGCACCUACUCCACCAACAUGGCCGGAUUCUUCAAUGCCUUCGCGGCUGCGAUGGUGAAUAUGGGGAACAUAAGCCCUCUCACUGGGAGUAAUGGCGAGAUCAGGAUCAACUGUAGGACGAUCAACUGAUUGACGAUUGCAUCAUUGAAUUUGUAUGGGAUUAAAGGUUAUCCAUGAUUCAUAAUAGUUGAAUAAAUUGAUAUAUGAACCAAGAAAUAAGGAAUGAUGCCUAAA